AAUAGGAAAUGAAGGCAAUGCUCUAUACUGCUGUAGAAGAAGCACCUUCAGCUGAAAGUGUUGAACCAGAAGUGAUAUCCCGACACUUUGCUUCCUUUGAUGAAGUGUUUUUUACAUUUUGUGAUCGUGAAUUAAAAAAGAUUAAUACUUUUUAUUCUGAAAAGCUAGCAGAAGCAACACGUAAAUAUGCAGCUCUUCUAAGUGAAUUGAAAAUAGCAUUAGAAUUACAACAAGGUGGAGGAAAAAAUAAGGGGAAAGUAAAUGUUAAACCUCCUUUGCCAACAAGGAAGCUUAGAGAACUAAAACUUGCAUUCUCAGAAUUUUAUUUAUCUCUCAUACUUCUUCAAAAUUAUCAAAAUCUUAACUACACUGGUUUUCGGAAAAUUCUUAAAAAACACGACAAGUUAUUAUCUGUAGAUAGUGGUUCAAAAUGGAGAAUGGAAUGUGUCGAAACUGCACACUUUUAUACAUCAAAAGAUAUAGACAAGCUCAUACAAGAUACAGAAGCUACAGUAACAAGCGAUUUAGAAGGUGGAGACAGACAACGUGCCAUGAAACGUUUACGUGUGCCACCCUUGGGAGAACAUCAAAGUCCAUGGACUACUUUUAAGGUUGGAUUAUUCUCUGGUAGCUUCAUUGUGCUAUUUGUGGCAGUUGUGCUUUCAGCGAUAUUUCAUGAUGGUGGAGAAAACUUAAAGAUUGCAUUUAGAUUAUACCGCGGUCCUUUACUUAUUGUACAAUUUUUAUUUCUUAUUGGUGUGAAUGUUUAUGGUUGGCGAUCAUCUGGCGUGAAUCACGUAUUAAUAUUUGAAUUGGAUCCGCGAAAUCAUUUAUCUGAACAGCAUCUCAUGGAACUGGCUGCUGUUCUUGGAGUUAUAUGGACUCUUAGUUUAUUAAGUUUUCUAUAUAGUGGUAGCUUGAGCAUUCCAGCAUAUGUAAAUCCAUUGGUUUUAGUCUGUAUCAUGCUGGCAUUUCUCCUAAAUCCAUUAAAAAUGUUUCGGCACGAGGCACGAUUUUGGCUAUUAAAAAUCAUUGGAAGAGUUUUAAUAUCACCAUUUGCGUAUGUGAAUUUUGCUGAUUUCUGGUUGGCAGACCAAUUGAAUAGUAUGGCUAUAGCAUUACUAGACUUCCAUUUUUUAACAUGUUUUUACAUAACUAAUGGAAAUUGGUUAGAAGUUGGAGAUACCACACAAUGUAUGUCUGGGUCUUUAAUUGUUAGACCCAUUGUUAAUUGUCUACCUGCAUGGUUCCGUUUUGCGCAAUGUAUUAGACGCUAUCGGGAUUCUAAAGAAGCAUUCCCGCAUCUAGCUAAUGCCGGAAAAUAUUCAACAACAUUUCUCGUUGUAAUUUCUAAUACUAUGUGUGCAUAUCGUGCUGUGGAAUAUCAAACUCGCUGGGAAAAUCCAUGGCUGUGGCUUUGGGUGAUAAGUUGUUUUGUUAAUUCAAUAUAUUCCUUAACCUGGGAUUUAAAAAUGGAUUGGGGUCUUUUAGAUAGCAAUGCUGGUGAAAAUAAAUUUUUGCGUGAAGAAGUUGUAUAUUCGGCAGCAGGAUUCUAUUAUUUUGCCAUAAUUGAGGAUUUUAUAUUAAGAUUUGCAUGGAUAGCUAGUUUCGUUCUCGUUGAAUGUGGAUUCGUAUCCAGUGAUUUAAUGACGUCCAUAGUAGCACCUCUCGAAGUUUUUAGGCGUUUCGUUUGGAAUUUCUUUCGGUUAGAAAAUGAACAUUUAAAUAAUUGUGGUAAAUUUCGUGCAGUUCGUGAUAUAUCAAUAGCACCGAUAGAAAGUUCUGAUCAGACACAGAUUUUACGUAUGAUGGAUGAGGAUAAUGGUGUACUUAAUAGAGGCAAACGUAAAGUAGGGGGUAAACGGCAAACUAAUACUAAAGAAGAUAAACGAGCGUUGCUCAAAGAAGAAACAAUUGACAUAGAUAUAUCUAAUGCUAGUUGA